AAAAAAGAAGUGAGAGGGAAUAUGUACACUGGCGGACCGCGCAUCGAAGCAAUGGAGGCCGAAAGCUGACUCUUUAUCCUCCCUCUUUUCAAAAAGAAAGCAACGAAAUGCACUCAAAAUUAGCAUAAUCACUAUGCGCAUAAAGCGACGUCGUUUCACUUCAUCCUCUUCUUCUUUUUCUUCUUCUCUCUUUGUAGCUCUCGCUCUUUUCUGCAAUCCAAACUGAAUCCAGAUUGUUAAAUUAUCCACUGCUAGUGGUGUACAGUAAUUUGAGUUUCAGGUUUCAACUUGUUAAAGUAUUGGGACAAGAGUAACACCUGUUCUGUUAUGUGCAUUUGCGAAGUGACAUCAAGUUGGUAAUCUCUUUCUGAGAUUCUAUGCUUCUGUCAUUUCCAGUUGUGUUGGUGGACUUAGAUGGAUGUUUCCUCAACAAAGCGGGACUCUGAAAGUAAAACUGAAACCUUCCCAUUGUUAAUGGAGAGACCUGAGAGUCUUAACAGUAGUGAGCACAUUAUUGACAUACCAAGAAGCAGUGUUGCCUCCCCAUCAACAUCUCAUGAUAGAACUUCUAGUGGUUUGGAAGCCUCGCCUCUUGAAAACAGAUCUUCAACCAGUGUGAGAACACCCAUUUCUCAACCUUCAACAUUUUCAUCUAACGGACCAAACACCCAGAACUCAUCCUUUGUAAGGAGAGGUGAAGCUCGUCGACGCAGGAGCCCGUUGAACUCUGGUUUAUGGAUUUCUGUUGAAAUGGUACUCACUAUUAGCCAGAUUGUUGCAUCGAUUGUUGUUUUGUCUGUGUCAAGGAAUGAGCAUCCACGAGCUCCAUUGUUUGAAUGGAUUGUUGGUUAUGCAUCUGGAUGUGUUGCAACCCUUCCUCUUCUUUAUUGGCGUUACCGACAACGCAGCCAGGUUUUGGGGCAAGAUUCAGCUCAACCUCGUCAAGGUUCUACGCAUAUUAGUGUUCCAGCAGGACCCUAUUCUGUAUCAGUCAGCAGAAAUUCAGAAGCAGUUGAUCACCGAACUGCUGUUACGUCACCUAGAGGUGGUCAAAAUGUUGGAGCAGUAAAUGCAAGACUCAAGACUCUGGUUGAAUACUUCAAAAUGGCUCUUGAUUGUUUUUUCGCAGUUUGGUUUGUGGUUGGCAAUGUGUGGAUAUUUGGAGGGCAUUCCUCUGCUAGUGAGGCUCCAAACAUGUAUAGGUUAUGUAUAGUGUUUCUUACCUUUAGCUGUAUUGGAUAUGCUAUGCCCUUCAUUUUGUGUGCAACGAUCUGCUGCUGCUUGCCUUGUAUAAUUUCUCUUCUUGGGUUUAGAGAGGAUCUGGGGCAAACCAGAGGAGCCACAGCGGAAUCAAUUGAUGCCUUACCAACAUACAAGUUUAAGGAGAAUCAAAAUAGAAAUUGUGAUGAUGGAGAUAGCAACUGGGGUGCUGGUGAUGGUGGAAUUGUGGCUGCGGGAACAGAACAGGAGCGUGUGAUCUCUGGGGAAGAUGCGGUUUGCUGCAUUUGUUUGGCAAAAUAUGCAAACAAUGAUGAGCUGAGGGAGUUACCCUGUUCGCAUUUUUUCCACAGGGAGUGUGUGGAUAAGUGGCUGAAGAUCAAUGCUUCCUGUCCUCUUUGCAAGAGUGAGGUCUGUGAAAGUUUUAUGGGUUCACUCUCUGGAUCAAAUUCUGGUCAGCAACGGGUUGAGGGUAGGGUGGGCAAUGGCUUGGCCAGUACCAUGUUUUGAUCUUCAUCAUGGAAAAAGGGAUUGCUGGAUGCACAGGAGCCAGUUUCAAUUGGAUACUUUUCAGUGGAGGUGAUACCUAUCUCAGGUUCUCCACUAAAGAAAGUGCCUUGCAAGUAACUGUUUAAAUGGGUAAGAGAAAAGAUGGGAAUGCUUCCUACUUCCUGGAGAAAUGGAGAUAAAUUCAGUGACCUUUCCUCUUUUGAUGCUUUGGAAUUGGGAGAGUGGAUGCCAAGGUAUUUAACAUGUUCAAGAUGUCAUUCUAAUCAUGGUUAGAGAAAAAGAGUGUUAAGGUUAGAGAAAAAAAAGCAUUGGAAUUGCUUUUGGAAAAGCAUAGCAUAUAAUGUUUUUGACAAAAAACAAAUAAAAUAACAAGGUGUUUAGAGGC